CAGAUAAAGAUAAUUCAUUUAGAAGAAUGUUGAUAUUUAUUUUUGUGGAACUCUGUAAUUUGAGGUUAAAUUUAACAUGUAUUCUUGUGUCCUGUGGUUCCAGGUUGGUGAAACGAACAGGAAGUACACGUACGUCCCUCUGAGUAAACUGACCAGAGGAGCCACAGUGGAUGUUUACGCCGUGGUCAAGUUUUUCAAACCACCCACUAAGACACGAGGUUCAGACUACUACAUGGUACUUUCCUUGGUGGAUCCAUCUCUAGCAGACAAGGAGAAAAUCAAAUGCAUUUUGUUUGCAAAGAGCGCUACAGAUUUACCGCCUGUCCAGACUGAGGGAGAAAUAGUCAGGAUGCAUAGACUGAAGAUUGGGACUUUUAAUGGGGAAUUACAAGGACAGAACGGGCCAGGCUUCUCCUGUAUUGUUUUCUCUGCUGACCUGGAGGAUCCCAUUGAACCUAAGUCCACCACCAGGGGGUACACUUUGACUGACCAAGACAGGCUGAAGGUGGAGGAGCUUAGAGAAUGGUCUUUACAAGGGGAAUGUUUUAGUCAAGAAAGGGAUAACAGGUGCACUCUGGGAGAAUGUGUGGUUGGCCAGUACUUUGAUUUGUUGUGCCAGGUAGUUGGUAUUGGAGAGAUAGAGGUGGAGGUUGGAAGGUGUGUUUUACUACAGGUGUGGGAUGGGACCGAGAUGUCCAGCCCCUAUCAUAAGUGUGAUAUUGCAAAGGAAGACAUCCACAUAGAUGAGCAACUUACAGAAAGAGUCCUGGACUUCAUUGUUGAUGUCUAUGUAUUUGAUGACCAUGUGCCUGUUGCUCAAAAGUUAAAGCCUGGUCAGUUUAUUAUGCUGAAGAAUCUCCAUGCUGCUAUGUACAAGGAUGAAGACACCCGUCCCGAGUUGAGUGCUGUCCCCACCAUAGAACUCUGCCUGCACAAAGGGACAUCAUAUGGCCGAGGAAUAAUGGUCAUGGCUGAAGGCAGCGGUUUAAAAGAAGAAGUGACCUGUUUAAAAGACAUUAUGAAUGGGGUUUGUCUUCAGCUGCAAGAUGAGGGGGCACCUGGUAGUCCCAAUAAUCCUCAGCCAAGUACUUCUACGGGUAAGUCCACAAGCCCUGGAAAGAUGGGGGAGACAGCAAACAAAAACUCUAACAGUAUGUUCAGCAGAAAUGUGAUAUUACCUAGUUCUCCCCAACCCAGCACAUCCAGAGGAGUUUCAAAAAGCCCAAGAAAAAGUAGAGACACAGCAGACCAGAGGUCAAGCAGGUCAGAACAUAGUAUUGGGCAUUCUAUGGAACCAAGAGUAGAAAAUGUAGUCAUAAUUGAUGAGAGCGAGUCUCUUGAUUUGAACAGCAGUCCCAGUGGCAAAGACACAGUGGGAGGUGCCCAGGCUGGUGGUGCCUCCUAUAGUCCAAGAAAAACACCACAUCAGGCUAGGAAAGUGGACAGAUGCCUUUUGAAAACUGCAUCAGUUAUCAACGGGCACCAUCACUUAGCAAUCUCCACAAUACAAGAAGUCUUACAUCACAGCGUUCCCCACACAUUCCGAGUUCUUGCCCAGGUCCUGGACUACCAACCCAAGCAGACUCCAUACAUACGACUGACGUGCCCUAUGUGCCAUUACUUGGCAGUUCCAGACUCCAAAUGGCUUACGGAGCACGUUCCCAGCAGAGUACAGGAUAAAGUUCCUUAUUACCCCUGUCCUCAGUGUGACCAAAGGUCAGUCUCAGCAGCAACCAGUUCUGAGUGGUCAGUAACCAGGGUGACCAGUGCCGGGACUGAAGUGACCAGCACAGAUGGUCAGAUGGUGGUCAGCGGGCAGGAGCUUGAAUAUGUGUACAUGAUGGAGUUUUUACUGGAGGAUGGGACUGGCUGGCUGGUGGCCAGAAUCUGGAAGCAGCAUGCAGUCACUUUCCUGAAUGACAUUUCUCCUGAAACACUCAUCUGGCAGGAGGAUGGAGUGAGGUUUGUGGAAGGACAGUUGAAGGAAUUGUCCCCAACGCCAGGAAGAAGUGAGCAAAAACCAUGGCUGGAAUGUUGUCUGCUCUCAUACAAUGGUCCAGACGGAGAACGGCUUUAUCACAUAUUUGAUACUACUUUGGCGUUGGAGUGUUUGUAAUUUUUUUGCAUUAUUUACAAUGCCUGAGAUGGAAGACGGGACUCUGACUGGUGCAUUGUCAGCUAUGAGCUGUUCAGAAUCACCUUGGUUUUUAUAUCUUCAGUAUCAUUUACUGUUUGUUGAAUAUCUAUCUAGUUCUAUUCCAGUAAUUAAAUCCCCUCUCUAUGCAGCUUAUAUAAACGAAUGUGUUUGAUGUUUAAAAAAAGAGCAGAUAAACUCCAACAUGCUGGUUUAUGAGCUGAUCAGAAUGUUAUUUAUAUAAGUUGUUUAUACAAGACUGAAAACAUUUGAUAUUCACAUGUAACAAAGUUCAUGCCAAAGUUACCAGAAGUUUACAAAUAGAAAGACCACAUUUGUACAACAGUAGGCAAAAAGU